UCUACUGACCCCAACAGUCUCUACUGACCCCAACAGCCUCUACCGACCCCAACAGCCUCUACUGACCCCAACAGUCUCUAUUGACCCCAACAGCCUCUACUGACCCCAACAACCUCUACUGACCCCAACAGUCUCUAUUGACCCCAACAGCCUCUACUCUCUAUAAACUAUAACUAUCGGACCAAAUGAUGGUGAAAUAUUCAAUGUUUUAUUGUUGGUUUGGAUCAAAAACCAAACACUGAAAACCUCACAGCUGUAAGACAUGAGGCAGCUCCAGAACCUGAUCGUUGUUGUUGGGUUAUCAAUGUCUGGGCCGACUUCACUGUGCCAUGAUCCGAAAAGUGAACAGUUGAAACAUUUUGAAACGCAGCACUGCUUAAUAACAGCAUAUCGUCCACCAGAGGGCAGAAGAUCUUCUCUGAGGCAGUUCAAGCAAGAUCAGGGGAAGGAACAAAAAUGACAAGAUGGCCACCUUUCUUUGGCCAUUUUCUGCCAAACAGAAAAUAUCACAGUGAACAUCUCUGUUGUGGCUGGGAAACGUCAGAGGAUCCUGCAGAAAGAGCUGGAACAUUUCAGAGACAAACCAGUUAUUGACCUGAAAACCUUUUCCUCACUCUGAUGCCAUCAAACAUCCAACGAGAAUCAAUGAAUCUUGUUGGUUCACCUUGGGGAAUUAAGAAUGAUAUCAGUUUUUCAGCCUGGUGUGAUUAUAAGUCUAUAAACUACAACAAUUAAUGGACAUUUGUCUGCAUAUGUGUUACAGCUGCAGCUUUGAAAUAACUUCUGUUGAUGUGGUUGUUAACCACACCUGACAAAGAACAAACCAAACCACACAUGAUUUGGUCUUUGUGGUUAAAACCUCCAGAGCUCAACUGAUCCUGAUGCUCAUCAAACAUUUCCUGUUCAACUCUCCCCACUGCUCUUCUUCAUGUGAACCAGACCACCCACCAGUCAGAGGAAGUGGUGAGUAUCAGGAAGCUGAAGCUCCGUCUCGGUUCAGUCAGUUCUGACUGUGAGAGCAACAGACACACAAUGGCUCAACUCUCAUGGAUUCAAGGCUUUUUAUUCAUCAUCCUGCAGCUCACAGUCACUGCAGAUGAAACAUCUGUUAUAAAGAGAGAAGGAGAUGAAGUCAUGUUGUCAUGUCCAAAACUGAUCGAUGGUCAGAGGAAGUGCAGAAAUACAACAUGGAGCUUUGCUCAUUCAAAAACCAGUUCAUCAGUAGAACUGGUUUUACUGGGUCAGAUUAACAACUAUAAACCAGACAGACUGAGUCUGACAUCAGACUGUUCUCUGGUUAUAAAGAAGGUCAGAGAGGAAGAUGCUGGACAAUAUCAUUGCCAACAAUGGGGCUCUGCGUUUCGUCAGUCUACUGUAAAUCUGUCUGUUGUUCACUUGACUGAACAGACGGAGAAUCAGAGGGCGACAUUAAGCUGCUCUGUGGUGACCUUUAACCCCUGUGGAUACAAAGUCCAGUGGUUUUAUCAGGAAAUGAACAACAAAGAAUCAUCAUCAGGUCGUGGCUGCUCUGCUACUGUCACUUUAUCAUCAGGGUUUAGGUUUGCUCAGUGUAAAGUGACUCAAACUGGAACUGAUGAAGAGUUGAGCUUCAGUCUGCAGCCGUCAGUCGAACAUGCAAGCAGCUUUCCACCAACUUCAAACACAACCCAGAAGAAACCAGAAAACGCUUCAAUCAGUCCAGUGAUUUCUGUAGCUGUGGUUUCACUCAUUGUCCUGAUAACUGCUGUGGUGAUCAUUAUAUGGAGAGCUACAGGAAAGAAAACAAAGCCUGGUGAAAAAGAUGUUGAACUUGAAGAUGACGUUUAUUACUCCACCAUCAGAAACGCAGAGGAAACUAAAGGAAAUGCUCAGUUUGUUAAACAUGAUGCAGUGAGCUGCAGCACCGUGGAAGCCUGUUCCUCCUCUGCUGCAGCCUCUGAUGAUCCCAACAAGAUCUACAGUUUAAUAAGCUCAAUCAACUAAAACAGCAAAUAAGACCGAACUCAUGAUGCUCCAGAAACCUGAAGCUGAAUACCCUCUGAACAGGUUCAGUGUUGAUGCCGAUGAGCUGCAGAUGACUCAUCUGACCCCUGGAUGACCCCCAAGUAAUUACAGCCUGACUGAAAGGAAGCAAUGUAUGGGAUAACUUAUUUAUUGAACCAAAAUAAUGAUUGGCUGAAUAACAGAGAGCAAAGAGAGGCAGAGAGGAAUGAGUGGUGGAUCUUUUUCUGAUGGUUUUUUUUAUUGCUUCGUACAAUUUACCUGUGGCUAAGCUAACACUGGCAUUGGGUGGCAUGUGUGUGGCCCCUGUAACGGUUAAAUUCUUACAAUAUGUACAUAGAUCUCUAUUUGACAGUUAAAUAUACCAACUCUGGGAAAUAUUACCUGUCUGCUCUUUUUUGCACCAACUAUCUCUGAUGAAGAUGCAUCACUCCCCAGCUUUGCUCUGUUGACAUCAUGGCAGCGACCCAUGCAGGACUCUAACUUGCUCGCUGAGUCUGGUUCUGAUAGUUGAUGCCAAGUUUCUGCUAUAAACACAAUGCAACAGUUUCAGAAGCACUUCUUGGAUGAAAUCUGUAACCUUAGCAUGCAGGUUUUCCAUAGCUUAUAGGUUAUCAGCUAUGGAAUGGAGCUGCUUUGGAUAGGAUAGACUAGAAAGCAGUGAAUUUAAUGUUUUCCUCUUUUGCUGUUGACCCUGCAGCCUACCUUUUGUUUCCUUUGUUUAUGCCCUGCAACCUGGAGUCUUGACCGUCAUCCAGUGUGCUGGGGAAGCAUUGAUACCAUUAUAAUCCUUUCAUAUCAAAAUCCUAAGAUCAGAAGCUUAAGGCAACAUGAAUAAACACACAUAUAUCAGUGAUAUUAGUGACACAGUGAAUGAAGCAUCAUCAGCAUUAACUGUAGAAGCUGCAAUCGCAACGUUAUCAAUUACCGAGUUAAACAUUUCCUGUCUGUUGGUUUUUAUUAUGUUAGUUUAAACUAUGUAACCUGUGAUCAUUUCAAUAAAUUGUCUCACUAUCUGAAAAUAAAGUUUUUUGCAUUACACUUGUAAUUGGGAAUUUCUUACUGUCAAAACAUUAUGUGAGUAUGCAGACAGAGGCGGGUCGUCAGUGUGAACAAACAUGAUCAGUGUUGCUUAUUUACAACAGGAAGAAGGUGAUGAGUUGCAACAGUUUAAAGUUGUCCAUAUCUUUCCAGGUUCAACAACUUUAAAACACUUUCAGUCAAGAUUUCAUUAGUCUUAACUUUUUAAAAUGUUUCUGGCGUUUUAUUCACAAUACUGCAUGUGUUCAGCUAACAGGAGACCAGAGGCCGUCAUCAGAGUUUAUCUGAUUAUAGCAGGGGGUAAAACCAGACACGUUCUCACCAAACACGUCUUCAAUUGUCUAAAAAAAAAACUGAGUUAAAUGACGGCAUUAGAAGCAGCUUUCAGCAUCUAUGCACCAAAACUUUGGAACAAACUUCCAGACAACUGUAAAACAGCAGAAACCCUGACUUCUUUUAAAUCGCAAUUAAAAACACACCUGUUUAGAAUUGUUUUUGAAAUGUAAUAUGUAACAGUGUAUUGUUUAUUCCAUGAUGCAUGACUUUGUGUUCUUGUGUUUAUGAUGUAAAGCACUUUGAAAUGCCUUGCUGAAAUGUGCUAUACAAAUAAAAUUU